GUGGUCGGAAAGUUGGGCUUCAUUUGUGUCCUGGGAUUUCUCUACGUCCCGGACUACGGUGGCGACGAACUGGGCUGCUCUCAGCGCUUGGAUUUCUGGUUCCUGGGGAAUUGGUCCUUCAGCUGUCUCAAGUUGAACGUUCCACGUAGCGUGCGACUGCAACUCUUCCUCGCCUCCGUCCGAGGGCCAUUCUUGACCGCGGGUCUCUUUGGUAUCUUCAAGAAGACUUUGCUGCCGAUUCUCCUGGAAUACUUGCGAUCGCUGGAAGCUACCACUCAGCCCCUGAAGUGCAUUGUGAGGUGCUCCAUUGCCUUCCUGCGGUUGUUGAUGGCGAUCUUGUACUGCGACCUGUAUGCCAGAGAUGCCGGUGCCGCCGCGUCCUUGGGCUCCGUGGUGCGGCUCGCGGCGCCCAGCGACGCGGCGCAGCAGGCGCUGCGGGAGGGGCAGCGGAGGCCCUUUGAUCCGUUGAAGGAGUCGGUCGAAUUGCUGAUGCAUUUCCUCUGGGUCUCCUGCUUCGUGGCUGUCUAUCCGCUCGGUGGCAUCCUGGCCUUCGCCAAUCAGGCCCUGGAGCUCCGUUUCGACGCCCUCAAACUCCUGGCCGCGCGGCGUCGGCCCUGGCCUCCGCCGGCCUCGGCUGAGAAGGAGUGGGUUCCAUCCUGUGCCAAGUGGAUCGUGCACAUUGCCAUCGUGAUGAACGUACUGGUGCUGCUGUUACCUUUCGCCCUGGCUGCUUCUGAUUGUGGAGGGGCCCUCAUCGUUGAGAAUCCAUGCAGCCUAAAGACGGUUGUGACUGCCGUGCUGGGCAUUCUUGGCCUUGAAAUCUACUGGUCCCUCCUCUCGAAGCUUCUGCGCUGCGCCUGGCAUCGCCUGGGCUGUGCCCGGCCCGCCGCGUUCGAAAACGGUGCAGCUUCCCGCGUACCGCCGGCCGUGCAUGGCGCAGGUGACUUUUCUCCGGAGAUUUUGCCUUCAGCCUCCACGAAGACGGUGAAAACGAAGCGUUUCGUCACGGCCACCGACUGUUGCGCGUCCUGGUGUCGAUGGCUAUGACGGAUGGUAUGGAUAGCUGGAUGGCGCCAAGUUCAAGGUCCGUCGUGUCAUGACGCCAUUGGGUUGGACCACCGGUUGGCAGGGCCUUCCUGGACGAUGGCGAGGCGACGUGGGGCGAAAGGAUCCUGGGUGAAAGCUGAAACAAGACGUGCGAGCACUGCGAGCGCGAAUCUUCAAACAUGGAUAUCGUGUUGAAGAUCAUUUGAGUACUCAAUUACUCAAUAUACAUCUGAGUUCUGAGAUAAUGGAAGAACUUGGUCUCACUGAUAGAUUGUCGUAGUGGCUGCUGCGAGAGAAAA